ACAAAAAAUCAUCUAAAAAUCCCUUAAAUUUAUUGUCAUCAAAUAUGCAUACACAGUUUGUUGUAGGAGAAUCAUCUUCUUCUUCCAACUUGUCUUAUGAUGUAUUUCUCAGUUUCAGAGACGAAGAUACUCGCAAAACCUUCACCGGUCAUCUUUACACCCAAUUGUGUCAAGUCGGAGUUAAUACCUUCAUAGAUGAUGAGGAAUUAAGAAAGGGAGACGUCAUUUCAACCGAACUUGAGAAAGCAAUUGAACAAUCAAGGGUUGCCAUUGUUGUUUUCUCCAAAAAUUAUGCUUCCUCUAGUUGGUGUCUUGAUGAACUCGUUAAAAUUCUCGAUUGCAGAGAGAGGUUAAAUCAGGUAGUUUUGCCUAUUUUUUAUGAUGUUGAUCCUUCUCAAGUGCGAAAGCAAACUGGGUCCUUUGGCGAAGCUUUGGCACACAAGGAACGAUUGUUUGGAGCUGAAAGAAUGGAAAAGUGGAAAGCAGCACUCACUGAAGCUGCGAAUUUAUCUGGAUGGGAUCUGCAAAACAUGGCUGAUGGGCAUGAAUCAAAAUUUAUCGGAAGUAUUAUAAAACAAGUUCUGCAAGAGGCCAACCAGACACCUCUAGAUGUUGCUCAUUACCCAAUUGGAUUAGAUUCUCCUAUCGAGCAUAUAGAGUUGUUACUGCAAAGUGGAUGUGAGCAUGAAGUUCGCAUGGUUGGUAUAUGUGGCGUUGGUGGAAUUGGAAAAACAACUCUGGCAAAAGCUAUCUACAAUCGAAUAUUUCAACAGUUUGGUGGUAGUUGCUUCCUUUCGGAUAUUAGAUCAAAAGCUGAAGAAUUGGGUCUAGUCAAGCUACAAGAAAAAGUACUUCGUCAAAUUCUCAAAACUAAGGAGUUCGAAGUUGAUAGUGUUGCUGAAGGUGUCAAUCUAAUCAAAGCAAGACUUGGGUCAAAGAAGGUUCUAAUUGUUCUUGAUGACGUGGAUCAUAGAAGCCAAUUAGAAUCCUUGACAAGAGAAAGAAGUUGGUUUGGCUCUGGUAGUGUAAUAAUUAUUACAACCCGAGACGAGCAUUUGCUACAUGGGCUCACAAGAAGUGAGAUAUACCAGACCGAACUUUUAAAUGUAAAUGAAGCUCAACAACUUUUUUAUUGUCAUGCUUUUAAUAACAGUCUUUCUCCACCACAAGAAUAUGUUGAGCUGGCACAAGACAUAAUAAAAUAUUCAGGUGGGCUACCAUUAGCUCUUGUGACAUUGGGGUCACAUCUGCAAGGGAGAUCCGUUGAAGAAUGGAGAAAUGAGUUCAAAAUACUAAAAGCAAUUCCUCAUUAUGAUAUUCAAAAGAUUCUCCAGAUAAGCUUUGAUGGACUUGAUGAUAAUACUCAGAGUGUUUUCCUUGAUAUCGCGUGCGCCUUCCAUGGAUUUUUUGAGGAUGAAGUUACUAAUACAUUAAAUGCGUGUGGUUUUUAUUCUGAAAGUGCUAUUUCAACCUUAGUGCAAAGGAACUUGCUCCAAAGGGAUUGGCAUAAUUUAGUGAUGCAUGAUCUUGUACGGGAUAUGGGGAGAGAAAUCGUUCGCAGGGAAUCACCUCGAGACUCUGGAAAACGGAGUAGAUUGUUCAACCCUCAAGAAGUCUGUGACGUUCUACAAGGAAAUAAAGGUUCUGAAAAUGUAGAAGUAUUGGUGGUAGAACGACAAACAUUAAAAGAUGUGAAGCUGAGCACCAAAGCAUUUCAGAAAAUGAUAAAACUUAGGGUGCUUAAAAUCGACGACUUACAUAUUAGUGGAGAUUUUGAGCUAUUGUCCAAGGAGCUCAGAUGGUUGUCUUGGGAAGGAUGUCCUUUAAAAUGUGUACCAUCAAAUUUUCCAUCUGACCAACUUGUAUUUCUGAAUAUGAAAGGGAGUAAUAUCCAAGAACUUGGUUUGAAUUUGCAGUAUUGUAGAAAUUUGAAGAAGCUGGAUCUCUCUGAUUGCAAGCACCUCAGAAAUACUCCAAACUUCAGCGGUUCACGAAGUCUCGAGAUUUUGUGGCUUGAGAAUUGCUCAAGUCUGAAGGAGAUCCAUCCAUCAAUAGGAAAUUUGGACAGACUAACUGCUCUUCAUUUGUAUGGUUGCAAAAAGAUUACAGAUCUUCCAAGCAACACAUGCCAGCUAAAAUCCCUCGAAGACUUGGACAUUACUUACUGCUCAUCUUUACAAACACUGCCAGCUGACAUUGGAGAUAUGCAAAGCCUAAGACAUCUCUAUGCACAAGAUACGGGUAUAAAACAAUUGCCCGGAUCUAUUGAAAUGCUAAGAAAUCUUAAAAAAUUGCAAGUGGGAGGUCAAAAUAUAGAGGCCAAAAGGAGAGUUUAUCAAAGAAGAUCCCACCAUAUAGAAUCCUUGUCAAUUUCUAUUUCUCGUUUAAACCUUCGAUAUUGUGGUUUCUCCAAGGCUGAUAUUCCUAGGGAUAUUGGGACUUUAUCCAACUUACAUGAUUUAGAUUUGAGCGGCAACAGUUUCCUCUGUCUACCCUUUGAUUUCUCCAAGUUACCAUGGUUGAAGUCCUUGCGUUUGAAUGAUUGUGUGAAUCUUCAAACACUCCCGUCAAUAUCAAAUUUAGAGUACCUUAGCAUUCUUGAACUUAGGAAUUGCCAAAAACUGGUCAAGAUUACAGGGUUGGACAACCUCCCUUCAAUACAGGAGAUCGACACUCUUAAUUGUACUUCUCUGCAGAAUCCAUUUAAUGAAGGCUUCUUUAGUUCCCAUGGUCUAUCAAUCUCAUCUAGAAUAUAUGCAGUGUUUGAGCUGCGGUUACACAUUUAUCUCCAAAGCAAUGAGAUUCCAGAUUGGUGCAGCAAUCAAGUAACAGCUCCAUCUAUCUGUUUCACUAUUCCCUCCGUAAAUAAGAAAAAGUUGUUAGGAAUGAUUCUCUGGUUUGUUUGCGACUCUAAGAUUUUAUCCCAGUUUGGACACUUCCUUGUUUCCAUAUCCAAUAAAAAGCCUUUAGUUUUUUACUGGACUAGGUAUAUUACUACACCCGAAUCACACGGAGAAGUAUCAUGUGUAUAUUACAUAUCUUGCUUAACUAGUCAUUAUUCUGGCCUGAUGAUCAAAGACGGGGAAAAGAUAACAGUCGAGGAGGGCCCUGACAAAGGUAGAGUAAAGAAGAUAGGGGUACAUCUGUUAUACUUAGACAAACAUGGAAAUGUUACAUCUUCCCCACCAAUCCUUGAAGAAAAUCAUUCGCAUUCUCAGAUAAUGAACAGAGAGAGUCUCGGUGGAAAUGAACUCAAAAAGAGUGUCAAACAGAGGAUAUCAGCUCAAUCCUUGAAGAACAUCAUCACUCGCUUCAAAUCUUAAUCGAAUCAUAAUUAACUUGCUCCAGUUUCUUAUCAACAUGCAAUAUUCAAAAUGCUCAUCCAACUACAAUCUGAUUUUGUUAAAAAGUAUUUUUCAUCCGACAGAUGCCAAAUACUCUUUGCAAGUUGUCAUCCAAUGAAAAUUUUGCUAGUGUUACUAUUAAGGGAUGGAUUGACCAUAGAAGUUAUGGGUUUCACAUAACUCAGUAAUGUUGGUUCAAAUCAUGUUGUUGUGUUAAGACAUUUUGGCAAGCAAAAAAGAUUGGGACGUGAUCAAGAACUUAGAACAACCUCUACUAUGGGAUUAUCUGAGCCUAAAGGCUGUGGGAUGCCAAGUACCAUGGUGAUUUAAAUCCUUUCUUUUAAUUCAGUACUGAUUCAGAGGAGGAAAAAAGGUUUAGAAUGAAGUUAAGGAUAUUUCAUGUAAUAGAUAAUGAUUAUGUUUGCAUUGUUUCCACAGAAGGGCUGAAGGAGUGCAGGGAAGCAUAAGCAGUUUUAUAGGAAUGCAUAUUUAGUCUACUAAUAUACCUGACAGACGCGGAGAACUAUCAUGUGUACAUUUCAUAUCUUACUCAAAUGAUGAACCUUUUUAUGGCCUGAAGAUUGAAGGCGGGGAAAAGAAAACAGUCAAGGAGGGCGCUGACGAAGAAUCCAUUCAAUGAAUGCAUCUUUAGUGCCACUGCUUUAUCAAUUCCAUCUGGAAAAUAUCCAAUACAUGAGAUUUUACAAAUUUGUGUCGAAUGCAAUGAGAUUCCAGAUGGGUGCAGCAAUAAAGUAACAACUCCAUAUAUCUGUUUCACUAUGCCCACAAUACAUAAUAAUAAGUUGUUAAGAAUGGUUCUCUGGUUUGUUGGAGACUUUGAGGCUUUAUCCUAUUUUGGACACUUCCUUGUUACUGUUGCCCAUAAAAAGCCUUUAGUUAUGGAGUGUUUGGGUGUAGGAAAAUACCCGAAUUACACGAAGAAAUAUCAUGUGUAUUUGACAUAUCUUGCUUACGUAGACCUUUUGAUGGCCUGAUGCUCAAAGGUGGGGAAGAGAUAACAGUCGAGGAGGGCCCUUACAACGGUGUAGUAAAAAAGAUAGGUAUCCAUCUGUUAUACUUAGACCAACACGGUAAUGUUACAUCUUUCCCCAUUUCCAGAAAAACUUCAGCAGGGCAUAAAAGAGCAAAGUUCUGAGUCAAGCUUGGGAAUGAGUGAUGACUGAAUCUGUGGUUUCGAGAUUGCUCAGGUCUGAGACUUCUAUUUCGAGAUUUUCUUUUCUAAGAAGAGUAUGCCACUUACAAUCCUUGUCAUCGACUUCUAUUUCGUGUUUGUCUGAGACUUCUUUUCCUAAGUUUAUUGGGAGUUUAUGCUGCCUAGAAGUUUUAGAUUUGAGCAGUAACAAUUUUCACUGAGGUUCUUGCUUUUGAAUGACAAUGAGAAUCUUCAAACACUUCCAUCAGUUGCUUCUGUAUAAAAUGUUGUUUUAUUUAUGUAAUCAACU